AUGGAAAGUGACACUGCAAUGACCACGAACGACAUUAGUCGCCUCACAUUGGAGCUUCGUGAGAGAGACCGUGCCACUAUUGCAGACCUCCGUAAAGAAGUCCUUCGCCUCACUGCAGAGCUGCAGGAUAAACACUCUGGGCCCUCUUGUUCUACACCUAAGUGCCCGGUUCGGAAUAAAGAGCCUGCGGACUGCGAGGAGCCAUCCAGCGCCGUGGCCCAUGUCCUGAGCCUUUCAAACCGCUAUGCAGCCCUCUCCGCUGACAUCCCAGCCCCCUCAGCAGAACCCCUGGACUCUGCAGCAAACUCUACUGCUUGCAUCACCACCACUUACCUUCACCGGGUCAGCAGCAGCGACCCGAGCCUGCUCCUCUCGCUGCUCCAGCGUCUCCGUGCACACAGCGUGGGUUGCCCGGAGCUGGGAAUCAACACCCCCACUCCUCUCCAUGUGUUCAGCAGCGCCCUGGUUCGGACCCAUCCCUGGAUGAGCCCGCUGGUUCUGGCCAUGGACACCGAGCGCCCUCUCCGCGGCCGCGUCCACUCUUCGCCCGACUACUCUGAUUAUCUGCUCAUCCGUCUCCCUCCUCUGCUUCACUCCCUGCCCGAUACCAUAUCCAAGGUAAUCGUGCAUGUGGGUAUAAAUGAUAUGAAGCUGCAGCAGUCAGAGGUCACAAAGAAGCACUUUAUGGAUCUGUUCCGCCUCCUCCAGUCCUCCGGGUUAUCCGUUUUUAUUUCUGGUCCAGUCCCGACUGUAAACCGGGGUGACUGCCUCUACAGUCGCGUUGUGGCGCUCAACAUGUGGCUCCAUGCUCCCCGAGGGGGGCGUGACUGUUUACAUCUGAGGCUUCUCGGCCCCCACCACCCCCCUCCUCCUCCUUACCAGCACCGGUUGUCUCCCCCCUUGGACUGCCACCUUAACGUGGUGGGGGAGUUUGAGCACUCGGAUGAUCCUGGGAGCUAUGCUGUCUGGGGCUUCAUGCCCCUGGUAGGGUCUCCCAUGGCAGACAGGUCUCAAGUGACGAGUCAGACGAAGCGCAGUCCGAAGCCAACCAUGGACAGCACGACAACGAAAACCGUGACGUCGCCCGGCAUGGCGCAGCCGGGGCCCCACCCUGGAGCCAGGCCUGGGGUCGGGGCUCGCAAGCGAGCGCCUGGUGGCCGGGCCUUAGCCCACGGGGCCCGGCCGGGCUCAGCCCGAAGGGAUGACGUGGGCAGUCCCUCCUGUGGGCUCACCACCUGCAGAGGGGUCCGUGGUGGCGAGGUGCAGAGAGGACUGGGCAGCGGUCGAAGGCGGAGACCUCGACGACCCAGUCCACACACCCAACAUCUGGCUCUUGGGACGUGGAACGUCACCUCACUGGGGGGGAAGGAGCCCGAGCUUGUGGGGGAGGUUGAGCGAUACCGACUAGAGAUAGUCGGCCUCACCUCCACACACAGCUUGGGCUCUGGAACCCAACUCCUUGAGAGGGGUUGGACGCUCCACUUUUCUGGUGUUUCCCGCGGGGAGAGGCGGCGAGCUGGGGUGGCCAUACUCAUUGCCCCCCAUCUCAGCCGCCACGUGUUGGAGUUCUCCCCGGUGAAUGAGAGGGUCGCGUCCCUCCGUCUCCGGGUGGGGGACAAGUCUCUCACUGUUGUGACGGCCUACGGGCCUAACGGUAGUGCAGAGUACCCGGCCUUCUUGGAGUCCUUGGGAGGGGUACUGGACAGUGCACCGCCCGGGGACUCCGUUAUUCUCCUGGGGGACUUCAACGCCCAUGUGGGAAAUGCCAGUGACACUUGGAGAGGGGUGAUCGGGAAGAGCGGCCCCCCUGAUCUGAACCCGAGCGGUGUUCAGUUGUUGGACUUCUGUGCCAGUCACGGCCUGUCCAUCACAAACACCAUGUUCGAGCACAAGGGUGUCCAUCAGUGCACGUGGCACCAGGACACCCUAGGCCGGAGGUCGAUGAUCGACUUUGUAGUCGUAUCAUCUGACCUUCGACCGCGUGUCUCGGACACUCGGGUGAAGAGAGGGGCGGAGCUGUCAACCGAUCAUCACCUGGUCGUGAGUUGGAUCCGCUGGCAGGGCAGGAGGCCGGUCAGACCUGGCAGGCCCAAGCGUGUAGUGAGGGUUUGCUGGGAACGUCUUGGUGAGCCCCCUGUCAGACGGACUUUCAACUCACACCUCCGGGAGAGCUUCUCCCAGGUCCCGGCAGAGGAGGGGGACAUCGAGUCCGAGUGGACCAUGUUCUCUUCCUCUAUCGCCAAUGCGGCGGCUCGUAGCUGUGGUCGCAAGGCUGAAGAAGGAGUCCUAUCGAGCAAUGAUGGUUCGUGGGACUCCUGA